AUGGAUUGCUCGACUCCUUAUAUUCAGCCAGUGCCGCGAAAGGCCCGAUCGCCUUCUCCUGUCCCCGCCAGCCAGGUUCCCUCGAAUCGCAGCCGGCGCAAACCGACCCAGCCGCUUAUCCCCACCAAGCUACGACCCGGCUACCUGCGCCCCAGGGUGGCGCCAGCUGAAGAUCCGAAGCCGAGGGGCUGGCACCGACAGCACGCGGAGAUGGAGAAGUUCAUCUGCAGCCUGCGCAACAAGCGAGUCAGCAAGGAGACUUUCCUAGUGUUUUUGGAAUCUGCAUUCAAGAACUUGGACAACUACUGCCAACCACACAACACUCGUUCCUGGGUGCAAUUCGAUGCCGUCAGUUUCUACGCUGAUAGGGCAGCUGCGUCUCUUCUUUCUGGUUUUAUCUGUGAUACAUGCUCGCAAUACUUCAUCAACCCAGCCCAGAUGGAACCGGCAUCGAAUUGGAGCCGCGCACAGCAGAUAAUCGAUGUUUUGAUCAAGGGAGCAGCCGGUUCUGUACAGCUCGGCUUACUCGUGACGGCUGCGUUGCAUGAGCAUGAAUCUCGAUACCUACAAGAAGAAGCACUACAACUACAAUGGCCCACUGAUCGGGAGGAACAAGACCAACGGCUCUCCACGAUUCGCAUGAUCACGCGAACACUUGGCAAGCUGCGGACCACAAUCGCUCUA